AUGUCCAUUAUUGAUAAUACGUGUGAUUUUGAAUUAUCGUUGGUACAACUGCAAGCAAUUGACGAACUAGAAAAACAACUGACUCAAAGAGAUUCCCCGCUUUUAGAAAUUCCAUGUUGUAGUGAAAUAUGUGACGAUACAGAAGUAAUUUUGCAUAGGCGAGAAAACAGAAAGAGGCGGUAUGUGAUAGAAAAUGGUGACGAAGAUGAAAACCCAGAACAGCAGGUUAGCACAAGGCUUGAGAGCGAUUUAUGGUAUGAACCAGCGGGCUACACUAACAGAAUUCAAAUAUAUGCGGGAAAGAGAAGUGAGACCGAAACUACAACCCCAACCAAUGUUGUGAUGUCACUUAUGGAAGGAUAUCUUCAAAAAGGUCAUACAUUAUAUACCGAUAACUGGUAUACCAGUAUUGAUCUUGGACGCAAAUUGUUGGACAAAGAAACGCAUCUUGUGGGCACUUUACGUAAAAAUAGAAAAUAUUUGCCUAAAGAUGUUAUAAACGGAAAGAUAAAAAAAGGAGAGUUUAAAGCUAAAGAAAAUGAAGAUGGUAUGACAUGUAUGAAAUGGAAGGAUAAAAGGGAUGUUUAUUUACUGUCUACGAAACAUUCUAUUGGAUUUACAAGGACUUGCAAAAGAGACAAAGAAAUAAUAAAACCGAAAAUUGUAGUCGAUUAUAACAACGCAAAAUCUUCUGUAGACCUAUCUGAUCAGAUGAUCGCAUACUCAACACCUUUGAGAAAAAGUGUAAAAUGGUACAGAAAACUUGGUGUUGAACAUUGCAUUACUCAAUUCUUACAUAAUUUAUAA